GAACACAAGCAUUUUAAUUUGAGUCCACAAAGUUUUGGAUAAUGAAAAGAAAUACAUAAUUUUAAUUCAACCCAAGUAUUUUCCAAGUAGAUUAUAUUUGCUUAAAUUGCUAUAGCAAUUCAAGGGACAGCCCUGCCUGGACACACAGUUACUGUGGAUUUUUAAAAGAUUCAGUUUAAGAAUUUAGGAAUUUCUGAUUCACUUACAGGAUUUGCAAAUUCAUCAGCCCCUGAAAACUAAAGCAAACUCAACAGGAAAAAAAAAAAGGAACAUGGGCUUUUCAAGUCCAGUGUGUGUCCUUUUCUUCUUUCUUGGAGUCAAAGUAUAUUGUCAGUAUGAAAGUUAUCAAUGGGAUGAAGAUUAUGACCAAGAACCAGAUGAUGUCUACCAACCAGAAUUCCAAUUUCAUCAAAAUGAAGAUUAUGGAGUUCCAUUUCAUCAGCAUAAUUUAGGUUGUGCCAGUGAAUGCUUCUGUCCACCUAACUUUCCAUUAUCAAUGUACUGUGAUAAUCGCAAACUCAAGACUAUCCCAAAUAUUCCAGCAUACAUUCAGCAAGUUUAUCUUCAGUUUAAUGAAAUUGAGGUUGUGACUGCAGAUUCAUUCAUCAAUGCCACUCAUCUUAAAGAAAUCAAUCUCAGCCACAACAAAAUUAAAUCUCAAAAUAUUGAUCAUGGUGUGUUUGCUAAAUUGUCAAAUCUACUACAACUCCACCUACAGCAUAACAAUUUAGAAGACUUUCCGUUUCCUCUUCCUAAGUCUUUGGAAAGGAUUCUUCUUGGUUACAAUCAGAUCUCCAGACUGCAGACAAGUGCUGUGAAUGGGCUAGUAAACUUGACCAUGCUUGAUCUUUGUUACAAUCAAAUUGAUGAUUCUACAUUACAAGAAAAAAUCCUUGCGAAAAUGGAAAAACUAAUGCAGCUUAACCUAUGUAAUAACCGACUAGAAUCAAUGCCUCCUGGUUUGCCUUCUUCACUUAUGUAUCUGUCUUUAGAAAAUAAUUCAAUAUCUGCUAUACCAGAAAACUACUUCAAUGAACUCCCAAAACUUCAUGCUCUAAGAAUGUCACACAAUAAACUACAAGACAUCCCAUAUUAUAUUUUUAAUCUUUCCAACCUUAUAGAGCUCAAUGUUGGACACAACAAACUGAAGCAAGCAUUCUAUAUUCCAAGAAAUUUAGAACACCUAUACCUAGAAAAUAAUGAUAUUGAAAAUAUCAAUGUCACACUGAUGUGUCCAUCUGUUGACCCACUACAUUACCAUCAUUUAACAUAUAUUCGUGUAGAUCAAAAUAAGCUAAAAGAGCCAAUAAGCUCAUACAUUUUCCUCUGCUUCCCUCAUAUACACACUAUUUAUUAUGGUGAACAAAGAAGCACUAAUGGUCAAACAAUACAACUGAAGACCCAAGUUUUCAGGAGAUUUCAAGAUGAUGGUGACAGUGAAGAUCACGAUGAUCACCAUGAAGCCCCAGAAGAAGGAACAGAAGAAAAUGUUGACCCUCACUAUUAUGGAAGUCAAGAAUGGCAAGAAACUAUAUAGGUAUACAUUUAUAACUUCACAAAAUCUUAUUAUUCAGUAUAAAUUUAACUAAAUAUGCAUAGCUCGUAGUAAUAUACCUGGAAUUGUGUACUAGUAUGAGAUCAGAUUGAAUUUAGGUUGUUGACAAUAUUUGCAUCAUUACACAGGAUUAGAACUUACUCAAAAUGACAUAAAUCUUUAGAAAUGUAAAUUAGAAUGUUAAGUAGGAAUCAAACACUACAC